GUUAUUUUUGUUCUAAUUAAAUAUUAGUGCUGAUGCUUCAAUAAUUUAUUUUAUUGUCAAGGAUAUGAUCUGUUUUUGUGUGCUGCUAUAAAUAAGAUCAAAGCGCCUUAGCUUGAUCACUUUAUUAUUUCUGAAAAACGCUUUCAGAUACGUCACCAAAAGACUAGAAUGACACUAUAUUAAUUUCUUUUAAAGUCACAGUGUCAAAGGUAGGCUACUGCAUGGCAGGAACGACCCACCUGUGCAGGUACGACAGGCAGGUAAUUUUCCGUAAACAUGUCAGCCAAUCAAAACCGCGAGGAGCGCCUACGUCAGCACACUUUCACGCUCUGUCACCUGCAGCUGUAAAACACCUGUGCACGCGGGCUGGGUGCGGAAGCGCGUGCGUGCGUGCACCGAGAACUCAAACUCCGCGCGGCCAUGCGGGGGUUCAUCUCGUACCUGAACAGCCCCGAGCUGGUGGCCGGUUUCCAGCGGUGCUGCGGCCUGGUUCCGAGAGAGACGCGCGCGCAGGUCAGCCAGAACGGACUCGUUCAGGACGGUCCGGUCACGAGCCACCGGCGCCGAGCGGAGCGGGUGGCGAACGGGACGUCGCGCGCGCACGACCGUAACUCCAACUAUAAGCCCGGCAGCUCACCGCGUGAAGCCCAAGGCGAAGGGCGUCCCAAAUCUCGUUAUGAGGUGAGGAACUGGCUCUUCUACUUCCUGUUUGUGACUUCGGCUACUCUGGGCCAUGAGGUCUUUUACAUCACCUUUCUGCCCUGCAUCCACUGGAACCUCGACCCGUUUCUGUGCAGACGGCUCGUCAACGUGUGGGCUGUGGUGAUGUAUAUCGGGCAAGCGAUGAAGGAUGUUUUGAAGCUGCCCCGUCCUCCGUCUCCUCCUGUGGUCAAACUGGAGACUCGCGUGGACGCGGAGUACGGGAUGCCUUCCACGCACGCCAUGGCGGCCACGGCCAUCUCAUUUACUCUACUUCUGAGCGCUCAGGAAAGAGUGAAGUUCCCGUUUGAACUGGGACUGAUUGUGGCCGUGGUUCUCUCUGCGCUGGUGUGUCUGAGUCGUCUUUAUACCGGCAUGCACUCUGCUCUGGAUGUGAUCUGUGGCGUUGUUAUUUCAGUCGUCGUCAUGGCUGCGUCGUACCCGUACUGGGGAACCAUUGACUACCUUCAGCUGCACAGCCCUCUCUCCCCCGUAGUGGGGCUGGUUCUGCCCCUCUUCCUGUCCUAUAAGUACCCCGAGCUGGACCAUUACAGCACCACACGGGGGGACACCACCAUCAUUUUAGCAUGCUGUUCGGGAUGUUCAGUCGGAUACUGGGUGAAUGAGCGAUUGGGCUUGACCUUUGACCUCGCCGGGCCUUUUCCAGCGACCCUUCCCCCGCUGACCCUCGCAGCCUUGGGUCUCGGUGCGGCGCGGUUCCUGGUCGGGGUAGGGAUGCUGGUUUUGACCCGGCAGACGGUGCGCUGGGUGAGUCUGAGGGUGCUCUGUCGAAUCUACGGAGCGUCUGUGAGCGACGUCGACGCACGCAGGAGGAAAGAGAUCGAGGUGCCGUAUAAGUUCAGCACGUACGUUGCCAUCGGACUGGUCAACAGUAUCUUGGCGAACAGGGUGUUCGUGAUGAUGGGACUCUGGGAUUUGGGAAAUUCGGUGUAAUUUCUCGGUGUUUACAGGCAAGAAUUAAAUAUCAACACACUGAACAGUUAAACUGAAAUCUACUCACGAGUGACGUCCACUCUCUCGGUAUGUUCAGAUUCGCACACUCUUGCAAACUAUUCUAACUCAAACUUUCCAACCGAGGGUCGAAAGAGUUGUCAGAAGUUCAAUGGCACUGAAGUCGUUUGACUGGACAAGUUUUUCUUCUGACAGAUGUAUUUACGCUUGUCCAUUUGUGGAGAUCAUCACAAAAAGCGUAAGAAUACUAUACUUUUAUCGGCCCCAGAGCUUAUUUUCUCCAGUGAUCCAAAAGCCAAUGGAAAAAUCAUAUUGUGUUUUUAUCAGCUUACCAGGGCGAUGCUAACUUCCUGUUUUGGUCUACUAAAGUUACGUAACCUCUGCCCUAAACACAGCUGGUCAAGUCAGUGCUUUAACAUUUCACCUUCAAUCUCUUUUAACAGCGUCUACAGCAAACUGUGGAUUUCUUUCUGUCAUGACCUACAUCUAAUUACAAAGUGCAAAUACAGACGUCAUUGCAAAUGCAUUUUUCUCAGGGUAAACGGUUGAUAAUAUCGUUUUCUGUGGUAACUACUAACUUGAAUAUUUCUUUUGAUAUUUUCUUAAAGACAGCGUCGCCUUAAAUGUCUAAUCUUGCACUAUAAGCCACAGAUUAUGCUCAGGUGUGUUCUUCUGCGGUUGAGUGGUUUUCGGCUGCGAGACUUCAAUUGUUUUUAAUGGAAAUCCAUGUAAUCUGGAAGAUUUUGUGACUUGAUUCAAGAUGUUUGCCCAAAUUUAUUUAUAUGGUAUGAAUUUGCCGCUGUUGGCCGACAGAAAGCUUGCUUAAUUUGAAAAUGAUUUCUGCAAUAGGCUUUUUUGCAGCAAAAUGUUGCAAAAGUGAGCACAUUGAGUGGAUGAAAUGACAAACCGAUGUUAGCAUUUUUUUCUUUACUAUGAAUUUACAUAUGAAUUUAAUAUUUCUUACAAAGCAAUAUAUAACAUAUUUUGUAUAGUGAGUGGUGUGACACUCAGGAUGUGUGUGUUUACGAGCUUUUACAGAUGUGGUAAAAGAAAUGAAUGAACACAGUAAAACCGUCUCCCCUC